AUGCGAGCUAUUCCCAAGAACAUUAGAAGACAAGUCGAUCAGACAGUCGAAGCAAUCCAGUCGUCCUUAUUACAGAGAUCUGCCAGUGAGCUGGAAAAUAUAAUUGGUGCCCCGGCUGCCACAAGCGCUUCCUCGUCAGAAAGACCAAGCUCUAAGAAAAAGCAAAAACCUUCAGUUGCCUGCAACAACUUCCUUGAGCAUGAUGGAAUCCGACCGUGUGAUUCAGAAUUGUCUGUUGGAACAAAAAUCAAGCGUGAAUGCUUAAAAAAAUACCCUCGAUACAAGACGCUCGACGAUCAAGGCAAGGCUUUGGUCGCGCUCGGCGCUAAUUCGAUCCUCGAUUUGACGAACCCUAAUUCAGCUCAUCAAGAGCUUUUCUCCAGCCAAGAAUGGAAAGACUUAUCACAUCAGUUUCGUCCUAUGUUCGAGAAUAAUACUGCACUGCUGGAGGAGAACAAUAGCUCUUUACGAGAAAUCGAGAAGUAA